UGGCGUCGCGCGUUGGUCGGCGCCGCCAUUUUGCUCGGCCGUCUCUUAAGGGGCUCCCGCGUUAAAGACUCCUCUCCUCCUCCUCCUGCUCCGCGUCUCUCUGCCCUCAGCACCGGCGCGCCGUCUUUGUCUCGCCGCCCUCGCCGCUUAUUUAUAAUUUUGUUAGUCGUCCAGCGGCGUCUUCGAGUUUGUCGCUCGCUCGCUCGGUUUUUUCGUCGCGGCCUUGGGGGUUGUGCACAUCGGCAACUCGCUGGCUGCUCGCGCUUCUUGAGUGUGCAAGGGUUUGUAGACCGCCAGCUGCGAAAGACGCGAAUGGUAAUUGCGUCGUGUAGAAAUUAAAAGCGCGAUUUUAUUUUGUAACAUUUAAAACUGCAGGCGUCAAGUCAGCGCUGCGGUAUAAAGUAGUUGAGGAGGCGAACGCGGCGCCGUAAGCCUUUACAAGUUCGUCGAGGUGGAGGAGCUGAACGAGGUGGAGGCGGCGGCGGCUGCAGCAGCAGCAGCCAUGUCUGUGCACCGCUACUUCGACCCCGAGGAUCAUGACCUGGACAAGAGUUUCCGACUGACCAAGUUCUCCGAGCUCAAAGGAUGAGGGUGCAAGGUCCCUCAGGAGACAUUGCUCAAACUCCUGGAGGGACUGGAGCAGGACGGGCCGUACCAGGACGAACACCAACAGUUCAUGGGGGCCGUCAUGCCUCGUCUUGGAAUCGGCAUGGAUGCGUGUGUGAUUCCAUUGAGGCAUGGCGGCCUCUCGCUCGUCCAGACGACGGACUUCUUCUACCCACUUGUGGACGACCCCUACAUGAUGGGGAAGAUCGCUUGUGCUAACGUGCUGAGUGACCUGUACGCCAUGGGGGUGACAGAGUGUGACAACAUGCUCAUGCUGCUCGCCAUCAGCCAGAAGUUAUCCGAGAAGGAGCGAGACAAAGUGAUACCGCUCAUGAUUCGGGGGUUCAAAGACGCAGCGGAGGAGGCGGGAACCACGGUGACAGGAGGGCAGACAGUGGUCAACCCCUGGAUCGUCAUCGGGGGCGUCGCCACCACCGUGUGUCAACCCAACGAGUUCAUCAUGCCCGAUAACGCGGUGCCAGGGGAUGUGCUCGUGCUGACAAAACCGCUGGGAACCCAGGUGGCCGUCAAUGCACAUCAGUGGCUUGACAUGCCUGAGAAGUGGAAUAAAAUCAAGCUGGUGGUUACACAAGAGGAUGUGGAGCUGGCUUACCAGGAGGCUAUGUUCAACAUGGCACGCCUCAACCGCACAGCUGCUGGACUGAUGCACACGUUCAACGCACAUGCGGCAACGGACAUCACGGGCUUCGGCAUCCUUGGUCACGCGCAGAACCUGGCCAAGCAGCAGCGCAACGAGGUGUCCUUUGUCAUCCACAACCUCCCCGUCAUCGCCAAGAUGGCCGCCAUCAGCAAGGCCUGUGGAAAUCUCUUCGGCCUCCUACAGGGCACAUCUGCCGAGACGUCAGGUGGGCUGCUGAUUUGCCUGCCACGCGAACAGGCCGCGCGGUUCUGUGCCGAAAUCAAAUCGCCAAAGUACGGCGAGGGUCACCAGGCGUGGAUCAUCGGCAUCGUGGAGAAGGGUGGCCGCACAGCCCGCAUAAUCGACAAGCCCCGCAUCAUUGAGGUGGCGCCGCGUGGGGCUAGCCCCACCGGCGUGGCCUCUCCCGACACGCCCACCGGCCCCCCGCUCACAUAGGACGCGCGUACGCGGGGAUGGGGUGGGGCACACCACCGCACACAGGCACCGCCAACUGACGCACAAGCACCACACGCACGCUCGGCCCUCCUGGGCACCACGGAGAUGGUUUUUCGUGGCACAAGCGCGGGGCUGGGUGUCUUGCAGUGUCCCGGUUAACAAACACCAGCUACAGACCCCUGAACGGAUGCGUCUUGCUCCGCAUGCACUCACGAUCGACCGUGCACGCCAUCGCACACUGGGUGCACUCGACGCAUCCCACGCUAGCCCGCAGCGCGCCUGGCGUUGUAGCCCGGUGCACGCAUGCACGCACGCACAUAUACCUUCACCCCGUGACUACCUUGCCGCCUCCCCGCGACACUUGACAACAACCCCAUUGCUGACAGUUCAUUUCUCGGCGAAAAGCAAACACUAAUGUUCUGCUAGGACAGCAGCAUUCUGCCAAUUUAAGAACGGAGCCUUUAUGGCUGGGCGCAGACAGAAACCCCGUCAUGUGAUUUGUCGGUGCACAUCAUCUACUUUUCAGAAUUAAGAAUGAAUAUUUUAGACGGCUACAUCUCUGCCGCAGUUGAAAGCGAUCUGCCGAAAGAUGUAAUUGUCCAUCAGUGUUGCAAUUUGUCCCUUUUUAACGUCGAGCUGCAGUCUCAAAUUGAGGAUUAGCCUCGACUAUGACCGCGAGAGGUCAUGUUUUGCAAAAUACUUCCAUGGCUUCAGCGGCGGCUUGCUCAUCAGACAUUAUUUUUGUAAGGCACAUGCCCUUUAACUGUACCUUAAAUUGCCUUGAUUUUACAUACGCAAACGUUAACGUUAUGAUCGAUUGCAUUGUCCUCGUACGCGUUUAGCUUCUUAACAAUAGGGGCCACUAAGGCCACGGCGCGCUGGUGCCUGCCCCCUACCCAACCUGUGCGCCCGUGAGAUUUGAGCAGCUCAUGGGAGUGCGGUUGGAGGGAGCAGACUGAGAGUUGUCAAAAUGUGAAAACCUAUUUUCUAUUAGGUGUUUAACAUUUUUACAAGCUCGUCACCACUCGCUGCCGAUUGUCCGUUAGCCGGUUUCGCAUCCGCCCCCUGAAUUUGAUGCUCUUCCCUCAAAAGGCGAAAGAGGGUUCUCUGAAGCCCGAGGGAGAGGCGGAAACCUGCCACAGGGGACGGGUGCAUAACGGGGCUCGGACAAUGGGGCCUUAUGAUUCCUUCAUUGGUUGUUUGUGUUCUCCUUUAAAACAUUUUUUUUUAAACACUGGCGUUCUGUCUCAUUUAUGAAAUGAUACAUUGGCGUAGAUGUUAACACAACGAUACUGUAACAGUGACCUUGGUGAUUGAUUCGGAGACACCCUCCUUGUAGUACCGCAUACCAACACCAAUAAAGUGGAAACACAACCAUGGAUUUCUUAUA